AUGCCCAACAUGAACGCCCAACCUGACCAAGCCAGACGUCAGAUCCAAGAUCAGCCCCCGCUUCCAACGAGCAUCGCAGUUCAAAACCAGCCCACGCAGGUUCAUUUUCCGAAUGUGCCAGCCGCCGCGGAAUUCGGUGCCAUUGCCCACGGCCCUGUCCAGAUCCCUCCCGACACUGUUGCACGAAGAGAGCGCCUGAAGAAAGCUCUCCUAAGCCUCGACACUAAUCGCGAGGUCGCAUGGCAAAAGAUGUCCGGCCAUAUGCGCUACGAUUUCCACAAGGAGCUUGCCAAGGCCGAAACGCGCGCCGAGCCGCUCGAAGCCUGGGAGAAGUAUUUUCUGUCCAACAACUCAGAGGAAGACAAGAUCAGAGUGUACCGGGAGCUUGCCUUUGAGAGGUACAGGGAGCGGGAGAAGCUCUUGGUGAAGCUGAAGGAGCACCUCGAGAAGUACGACGGCCUGCGCAGUGAAAUGCAGAUGUUGAAGGAGCAUGUCUUCAACCUGGAAUAUACGAUCCAGCGGAAUGAGUUUGCCAGGCAGCAGAUGACGAGGAGGAUUGCCGAGCUAGAGAGGAGCCAUCUGGUGUUGACUUCGGGUUUGGACGAGAGGAUUCAUCUCUUGAAUGAGAAGGUAGACAGAAAGGUCCAGGAGUUGGAGGGGGCGGUUGAAGAGAUGAAGAAGAGUGAGGAAGGGCUGUCAGAUAUGGAGGAGGAGCAUACCUGGUAA